ACGCCAGUGGUUACUGAUUCUGCGUGGGUGGUGAUAGCGAGCCUGCAGACCUUUAUGCUUCUGAACUCACUUCAAUUGUCAGUGCGUCCCAGCAUCUUCAACAUGACUCUGCAGCUACUUUUACUUCCAGCAGCCUUUCUCUGUGGCGUCGACCUCACCAGAGCAGUAGACCGACCGUGACAGCUGCCUCCCCCCUGUCCGAGGCCCAGUUGUGCCGCCGUAUACGUCCUGGUCAGAUGCAACUGCUGCAUAGUUUGGACGUAUGGGAAUGUUUGCAAGAUGAGAGCAGCCAACCGCAAAAGAAAACCUGGGAAACCUGCAGUCCGACAAGUGCACAAACAACCGUGUGCUCCUUCAAGGACAGUGUUUGCUCAAAGUGUCUUUGUAUGUGAGCGGGAGAAGCUCCCUGUCCUGGCUCUGGGCCGUUCAGCUGAUCUCAGACCAGGAGAGUUUGUGGUGGCUAUUGGUAGCCCCUUUGCCCUGCAGAACACAGUCACCACUGGCAUCGUCAGCACAGCACAGAGAGACUGCAAGGAGCUGGGCAUCCAUGACUCUAACUUCGACUACAUCCAGACUGAUGCGAUAAUUAAUUAUGGAAAUUCUGGAGGCCCCUUUGUUAACUUGGAUGGUGAGGUGAUAGGUAUAAACAGUUUGAAAGUGACAGCAGGCAUCUCCUUUGCUAUACCCUCGGACCGAAUCAGGCGUUUUCUCGCAGAGUCAGAGUCUAAAUAUUCCUAUGUAUUGGAGUCAAAUCCGGACGAGAGCAAAGAUACCACCAUUCCUCCAAAUGGGUUGACAGAGGUGGCACAUGCAGAAGCGGGGGUUCUUGGAGGGAAGAGACGUUUAUUGGGCAUUAGAAUGCUCACAAUUACCUAAAUGUGAAGAUACCCACAUAAUGCCAUAUUGGACUACACUAUAUGUAGUUUUUUUUAACUUUGACAUUUCAUGGCGACACUUAACAAGAAUAGGAUAUUAUAUGUAUUUUCUAGUAGUGGACUUUGCAGGGUGUACUGUAUGUUUGUUUUCCUCAGUCUAGCAGCAGCAGGGAAAUGUCACAAGCCAGAUUUGCCUGACGUCAGCAGAUGUGUUUUGGUGCCACAAGUCAUACAUACGCAAUCAGAAAAGUAUGUUCACACACACAUGCAGAGACCAAAGCAAAGGCACACGCACAUGAUGGAAUGAACCUUUCUUUGCAAGGAUUAUUGCAACAAAUGUAGAUUCAACUACUUCUGGCCAGUCACAUUUUUUGGUGCCAAAAUGGCAGUAUAGUGGGCAACACAUCUACCUCACAGGGUCAUAGGUUCAAAUCUUCUGUGUGGGUUUUCUACAGGUACUCCUUCCCACAUUUUAAAAAACAUGCAUGCUAUGUUAAUUGAAGACUCUUAAAUUGUUCAGAGGUGUGAAUGUGAAUGGUUAUUUUUCUAUAUGUGCCCUACGACUGGCGACCAGUCCAGGGUGUACCCCGCUUUUUGCCCCAAAUCAUCCCAGAUAGGCUCCAGAUAACCCCCAACCCUAAUGAGAGCAAGUGCUAUGGAAAAUGCAUGGGUAGAUAUUGAAAAGGGAUGAACUCAGAUGUAUUUGUAGAUGUGUCUUGUACAUAAUCCAGUUUUAGUCUUUUGGGAUAUGAGGAAUACAGGAAGGGGUUGUUAUUGUGAAGUUGAAUAGUCGAGCAGUACAAAACACGGAGGACACCCAUAAGCGCUUGUUAAGUGCAGUGCAUGCAGCCCCUACGGUAUGAUUGAAAUGUACUGUAUGUCAUUUUUGCUCUGUACCCUUUGUUUUUGAAUAAAUACAUGUUCCAAUGGAUAAUGUAUACGCGACAUCACAGGUGUCAAACUGGUGGCCCGGGGGCCAGAUCCGGCCCGCCACAUCAUUUUAUGUGGCCUCCGAAAGCAAAUCAAAAUUGCUAAUUGUAUUUAGGUGUAAUAACAUUGAGAUAUUUGCAAACAUUUUUCUGUUACCAACCCCCCUUUGAAAACACAUGUAAUAGUGGAAAAACAUGUUUUUAUAGGCUUCUGAUUUCAAAACUGGUUAUUCAUGAAUGUGUUGUGUAUAUUGUAUGUAAUUAUAGGUGGUAAUCUUUUGUUUAUUUGGGUUCACAGUCGUAGCGAAACCUCCGAGGGCAGUCAUAACUAUGAUGUGGCCCGUGACAAAAAUGAGUUUGACACCCCUGCACAUGGAAAUGACUCCUUUGUAAAAACCACAGCCACACUCCACCUGUAAAAAUGAUGAAGUUGUCUCUUUUGUUUAGCUCAUCCCAUCUCUAAAUGAAAAUACAUUAUCAGUGAAACAAUGUCAAUCUGGCAUAAAGACAAAUAGCAAAGUAAAUUUACCCAUACACAGUCUCUGGAAAAUGGCAUAACUUGAUUAUCGUACGUGAAGUUGAUCUGAACAACGAUUUGACCUUUUUUUCGCAUCAAUGUUGUCACCACCAGAAACGGUUUGUGGCAGUUGUGGCUUUUCAAUAAUGGCCGCUAGGGCGCUGCCACACCACUGACAGUGGUCAUCUUAUUACUUUCCUUGAAGACAAAACGUUCGUUAAAUUUUUUUUAGAAUAAAAUACAAAUAUUUCAAAUUUUAUCUAUAUCUAUUUUUAAAUGAGUAGGAUAAAUAGUACAUAGUUCAUGAAGUUUCUGUUAUGUUCAUCUCUGUUGUCCGAUUUCGCGACACAUUUCCAGUCUGGGGCGCAUAAGUGUGAUAAAGAAUGGGGAUGGGGAAGGGUAUGAAAACAUCUCUUGAGUCCCAGGCUGGACAAAUUGCUACCACAUUGCCCAGUAGGAGCCUCCAUGUUAUACGUCUCCCCGAAGGGUGUGCUGCGAUGUGUGUGUGCUUCGAAGUCCUUUGUGUGAGCGUUUGGUUGUGGAUUGGUAUGGCAAAAGCCAUACAAUAAUAGUGGCGCAGCAGAUCACACAAAGGUGACACGUGUUUAUCCUUCAACAGACAAAACUCCUCUUAAGAUCCACAAUUUAAAAUGUUUUACCUACAUAACUUGACAGUGGACAUGUAAAUCCUUCAACUGGCCACAUCAUUAGGUACAGCUGCACAAUCUAAUGUUAUGCAAUCAAGAGUAUGCAUUACGAUAUGCAUAAGAGAUAUGCAUUUAAGAGUAUUAUUAAAAGUUGUCUUUACAGAGAUGAUUUCUUUACCACUGUCAGAGAAGUUUAUUGUUGUGGUUGUAGUUUGCAGUGAUGCAGGACUGAAUUAUGUCAAACUAAGAGGUGUUUUCUAAUACUGUGACUGUCAUAUAGCUAAAUUAGGUUUUUAAAAAAAGGUGUAAAAUGAGAUUUCUGUGUCUUUAAUCUAUGGGGAAGUUGGCUCUGAUCUAUGAAUGCACCGCCAUCUAGAGAUCAAAUUAAGUACUGUAAAGGUUUAGGGCCAAAAAAAGGCAAUGACGGGUGUGCGUGCAGUGUGGAGUCACCUCCAUACUUCUCAGCUUGUAGUUUUCAGAUAAUAUGGACUAGUCACGGGGACGUCGUAUGCAAGUGUAUCAGUAAAUGUAGACAUUAGCUAAUGUUAGGUGGCUAAGUUAGCUGAAUAAAUAACAAUAUCAAGUCACAGGAAAGAGUUUUAGCUAAUGUUAGCCAGCCACGUCAGCGGAAUUAAUAAGAAUAUGGAGUCACGGUUAAGUGUUUUUUUAUGUGGUGAGCAGAGAGGUUUGGACUCGAAAUUGCACUCGUACACUCUUGGAUAAAAGUGUUGUACAGUGCAAUUCCCAAAGUAGCCAAUAGGUGGCAUAUUGAACGUGCAAAUCUCUUUCUGAUGUAGGAGGUCAAAGGUUAGCGUUUUUUUUUUUUUUUUUUUUUUUUGGGGUGGGGGGGGUUGUACCAUAAAUCUGACUCCAGGAAAGAAUCACAUUCACAAGCAGUGUGUCUGCACACAACUGUCAAAUUCCUGCGGAGAAUUAUGUUAUAAUGCAUUGUAAUAAGUCCCUAUUUCACUUUCACUCAUUGUCUCAUUAUGUGCUGUACACUCUCAGACAAACACGUAACUCCUUUAAGGGUAAAAUGCCUUGUCACUGGGGUGGUACUUUAAUUAAACAAGUUUUUCACAAAUUGAGAAGAAUA